CCCAAGUUUGUUGUCACCGGUGUUCCAGACGUUUGUGGCGGUGGCAGCGGGACCGGGUCGCAGCGCCACCAUGGCGGUGCGACAGGCGCUGGGCCGGGGCCUGCAACUGGGUCGGUCGCUGCUGCUGCGCUUCACAGCCAAGCCUGGCCCAGCUUGCAGCUGGGGAAGGCCCGGCCCAGCGGCCGGCUGGGGCCGCGGAGAGCGCCGGGGCCGGGCCCCGGCACCCGGCGCAGAGCCGCGCGGGCUCGGACUCCCAGACCGCUACCGCUUCUUCCGCCAGUCGGUGGUCGGACUAGCGGCGCGACUCCAGAGGCAGUUCGUGGUGCGGGCCCGGGGCGGCACGGGCCCUUACGGCCGAGCCGUCUUUCUGGCCUUCGGGCUGGGGCUGGGCCUCAUAGAGGAGAAGCAGGCGGAAGGCCGGCGGGCUGCGUCGGCCUGUCAGGAGAUCCAGGCAAUUUUUACCCAGAAAAACAAGCCAGUGCCUGACCCACUGGACACGCGACGCUGGCAGGGCUUCCGGCUGGAGGACUACCUGAUAGGACAGUCCAUCGGCAAGGGCUGCAGUGCUGCCGUGUAUGAAGCCACCAUGCCUGCACUGUCCCAGCAUCUGGAGAAGGCAAAGCCCGUCAGGCCUCUUCCAGGGAGAGGCCCAGAUGUCACCCAACAAGGAGAGGAGGGGGAGCAGGCUCCUGGAGCCCCAGCCUUUCCCUUGGCCAUCAAGAUGAUGUGGAACAUCUCGGCGGGCUCUUCCAGUGAAGCCAUCUUUAGGAAGAUGAGCCAGGAGCUGGUCCCAGCUAGCCGAGUGGCCUUGGCUGGGGAGUAUGGAGCAGUCACUUACAGAAAAUCCAAGGGAGGGCCCAAGCAGCUGGCGCCUCACCCCAACAUCAUCCGGGUCGUCCGCGCCUUCACCUCCUCUGUGCCGCUGCUGCCCGGGGCCCUGACCGACUACCCUGACGUGCUGCCCCCACAUCUGCACCCUGAAGGCCUGGGCCACGGACGCACGCUGUUCCUCGUCAUGAAGAACUACCCCUGUACUCUGCGCCAGUACCUGCGCGUGAACACUCCCAGCCCCCGCCUGGCCACCAUGAUGACCCUGCAGUUACUGGAAGGCGUGGACCACCUGGUCCAGCAGCGCAUAGCGCACAGAGACCUCAAAUCCGACAACAUUCUGGUGGAGCUGGACGCAGAUGGCUGCCCCUGGUUGGUGAUCUCCGAUUUUGGCUGCUGCCUGGCUGAUGAGAGUGUUGGCCUGCAGUUGCCUUUCACCAGCUGGUAUGUGGAUCUGGGCGGGAACGGCUGCCUCCGGGCUCCAGAGGUGUCCACGGCCUGUCCUGGCCCCAGAGCAGUGAUUGACUACAGCAAGGCCGACGCCUGGGCGGUGGGAGCCAUCGCCUACGAAAUCUUCGGGCUUGCCAAUCCCUUCUACGGCCAGGGCAGGACCCACCUUGAAAGCCGCAGUUACCAAGAGGCUCAGCUGCCUGCACUGCCUAAGUCGCUGCCUCUGGACACCAGGCAGUUGGUGAGGGCACUGCUCCAGCGAGAGGCCAGCAAGAGACCAUCUGCCCGAGUAGCCGCAAAUGUGCUUCAUUUGAGCCUCUGGGGCGAGCAGCUUCUAGCCCUGAAAAAUCUGAAACUGGACAAGAUGAUCGGCUGGCUCCUCCACCAAUCGGCUGCUGCCCUGUUAGCCCACGGGCUGGCGGAGAAGAGCCGCGUGGAAGCGAGGCUGAAGGUGCUGUUCCUGGCCAACCUGGAGUGCGACGCGCUCUGCCAGGCAGCCCGCCUCCUCUGCUCCUGGCGGGCGGCCCCCUGAUGGCUCUGCGCCAGCGAGUGUUAGUAAAGGACUCAGCGGCAUCGUGUGGUGAUGGUGUGAGUGUCAAGGGAGGGCGGGUGGAGGUCAGAGGACAAGCUGGGCAGAGGGGCUGGUCAGCCAGGGAAGGCCUUGGGUUUGGCAAAUGGCGGGAACACCUGAGUCAAAGUUCAGCUGGCUACUGACUCCAGCUGUGUGGGUUUGGACGAAGCCUAUAGCCCGAGCCAACUCAGGUUCUCCUACCCUUAAGAUCAAGACGCUGGUCCGUAUCAGGGGCUGGAAAGACUCUGUGGAGGGCUGCAGCUCCAAAGAGCUCUCCAAACACAUGGGGCUGUCUGAGGGCUUUAUUUAUGGACACUGAAAUUUGAUUUUCACGUGUCACCAAGUUCUUUUCAUUUUUUUAUUGUUAGGGACAUAAAACACUUUUAGAUUGCACGUGCGGGUCAGACUGGCUCACAGGCCAGUGCGCCGGGGCCUGGACUAGUGAAUUCACAAGGCCCAACAACGAGGUUCCUCUGCGUAUCAGCCGAGGGACUGCACUUCCGCCCCGGGGAGGCGGCCUCCUGUGCCACUGUUCACCAGAGAGGCCCACCUUACAGCCCUCAUCUGUCCUCACGGCCUCCCAGUGAAUGGCCCGGCUGGUCUGCUGGAGGACGCUGGGCUGAGGGAGGUCAGACCUGUGCUCUGCCUCAGAGGAUCCAGGCCCAGGCAGUGGUGGGGGUGGCAGAAUUCGUGACAGUUGCCCUCAGCCCUUAGUGCCAGGGAUGGACUGUGGCUUUUCUGGAGGGGGAUGUGGCACCAGCUGGUUCGUGCCCCCUAGGCUGAGGCGAACAUUUGCAGGGGUCAGUAUAUUCAGCAGUCAGCACAGAAAACAUGGGUGAGGCCUGGGCGGCGGGGCGCCUCUGCACGGAUAGGUGGCCCUGGGGUGGCUCUGGAGCGCCUCGCCAGGGUCCCUCUAGCUACGGAACUAAUCUCGCGUUACAGAAAUCACUGAUGAAAUGGAAAUUAACAGUGUGGCAUUUUGAACUUGCUGAUUUCCCUUCUGACUAGCAUUUCUUAUAGGAAUUCUGAUAUUAAAUGCAAAGUUACAAUGCGGAA